AUGGCUCCAACAUUUUCAUCUAUUCUUGACCAUCUUGAUAAAUUAGCUGUUAUUGCUGGCGGGUUUUUUGCUGGUACAGCUUUAUAUAUGACUAUUGGUGAAGUACCAGCUAUGCGUGCAUUUGGUCUUGAUGAACAUUGGCGAUUUUUUCCAUAUAUGUAUGAACGAGCAGCUGUAUCACAAAUUAUUUUUACUUCAAUUGCUGGUAUAUCAGGUGUUUUACAUGGAACACGUAUUAUUCGUGCACCAUAUCAUCGUAAUUUAUGGAUUGCUGCUGGAACAAUAUUUCUUGGCAUGAUUCCUUAUACAGUCAUUUGUAUGCUUCCAACAAAUAAACUUAUAAUUGAAGAUAAUAAAAGUGUUCAAUCAGGAAGUGAAAGUAAAAUUAAUCUUGGUACAAAAAGAGAAUUACUAGAUAAAUGGGCUAUGCUUCAUUGUGUUCGUACUCUUGGUUCACUUGUUGGUUUUGGUGCUAUGGUAUUUGGACUUAGUCAUCAUCAAUCACUUCGUUUAGGAUGGUAG